AUGACACUUCCAAUGACGGGCAAGUCCGGAAAGGACACACUCGCGGCACGCCUCGAGAACGACUUCGAGAAGCGACCCGACCCGGUCGCAUUGACCCACAACGCCGAUGAGUCGCAAAACAGCUCUUCGGGAGUCGACUAUGAGCCACAUCCUGAAAAUUCGAUGAAUUUGGAGCCUGCGAGGGAGAGAAUAGUGCAGUCUAUCUGCAACUUAUACUCUGGCAGCGCUAGCGAAGAAGACAUGAUGGUGUAUGGCAAAGAGGCAGUAUACGACGACCCAUGGAGCUAUUGCGAUACGAGGUAUAAGAUUGCUGGGCAGUGGUAUGGUAUCCCGAAACUCAUGAAGAGCAGUCGGACGAUCAAGACGGAGGUUAUUUCCUCCAAGCCUGAUGAGAUCAUCUUCAAGUUGCAGCAGGAGUACACUCCAAAACCUAUGCCGAUUGCGAAGAAGGUCAACAGCUUGAUUACACUGACGCUCGAUCAAGAGGGCAAGGUGCGGUAUCACAAGGACAUGUGGAAUGAGAAGGACUACAGUCACGAAGGUCUAGGCAAGAUCAUGAAAGAGUUGAAUGGGGAUCAUCUAACAAAGAUCACGCGACCCCCAGCGGAUCUGUGA